CAGGCGCGGGGAUGGUCGCAGGCAGAGCACGUUCCAGAAUGUCAAGAAUCGAAUUUUCGAAUUCGAACCGGCGCCUAGCAACCGGAUUCUAUUUACACAACACCCGUCAGCGAAACCCGAGUUUUGAGGCACGUUUUUUACGUACUCCUUGGCAAAGAUGGGGAUUUUGAAGAAGUUGGUGAUAUUAUACCUACUGUCGUGCCUGGUCGAUGACAAGCACGAGAAGUUGAGGACUCUGAUAGCUCACAUGCCGCUGAAGGACGCUGUAGGACUCCGCCUAGUGGCGAAACUGCCCGUCUUUGAAACCACCAAAGACUCGCCCCGAGUUUAUCAGGUACGAAAGACACGGACGACAACUUACGCAUGGGACUUUUCAGUUAGGUCAGGCAUGUUAGUGUGUGGAUAGUGUUCAGCACCAAGGACAGACAUGUUCACAGGUUGUGUGCGGAUAGCAUUCAGCACCAAGGACAGGCAUAUUCAAUUGUGUAGAUAGUUUCUAUAAAAAUAAGUCUUCCAGAAGGAAAUACCCCGUUUCAUUUUUCACAACUCGUUCUUAUUUGUCAGUCAGGAUUGCUGUACCGUACGUUCUCUCAAUCUAUCUGGAUUGCGACAUAAAGUCUUUCCGUAUUUCAGCUUUAUUUUCGAUAAAAGGAGAAUGAAUAGAAUGAAACAAAGUCCUGUGUUGCGGUGUUAAUCUGUCUUCACCAUUGUGUUGUUUGGUACAACAGAUCACAGACAGCCAGACUUUUAUAUCUGCGUAUGUCCAACCGUCUGACACCGGAGGUCUCGGCAGACUGGUCCGCUGUGACCUGUACAAGGACAGGAGCCGUGACGUCAUGAUGACGACUCUGACUGACUACGGCUGGAAGGACCAGGAUACAGUCAUGAAUGUCGUCACUGAUGCGGACGACGUAUGGCGCUACAGUUACCUGCUGGAUAGCUGUUUCUGGCUCCGCGAGGGCCGUCACUUCGACGAGCUGGCCGAACUUCCGCCACCUGACCCGCUCACCUGGCUGCUCCAGGUCGGGAGGAACAUCUACAAGACAACCUGCAGUUACUUCAAGGACGCGGGGAAGACAACAGGUCAGGACCUGCGCAUGGAUGACCGUACCCAACCCACAACACUGAAAAGUGGCUUCAUGGAAUACCUGACUAAAACUUUCUGGCCUGAAGACGUGAAACCUGACACUGACCAUGACACUGCGAAGGACGAAGAUGCCACGGCUGGAUGGUUUAACAAACUCUGCCGCUCAGUCCGAGACAGUGUAACCACGACUUCGCCUUCAGGUGAUGUCAGAUCAACUGUUCAAACAGGACAGAUCAGCGGGGGAAAUACUGACAGUCCAAAAAUUGCCUCAGAUGGUGAUGAGUUCAGUACAGGCUUGUGGCACAGACUUCAACUCAACUACCUCAUGGACUACAUCAUCACAGGCUGGACAGCUAAGGGGGGGGGGGAAUAAGUGAUGUGAAGUAGAAAUACAUCACAAAAGAGUUUAGUGCAUAUAGCAGUUGUAACUUGAGGCAAACUCUCUUGCUAGAACUGUGGAAAGAAGUUCAAGAAAAACAUGCCACAAGUGGUAAAAAAAAGAAAAGAAACAGGCUCAAUCCAGCAUCUAGAAUGAAUGUAUCGAAUGUAGCAUUAAAGAUUAUGUUGACUGUAGCAUUAUCAGAGCUAGUCACACAACGAAACAUUACAACUUGGAUAAUUUUCUGAAAAAAAUUCUGUCAAAAAGAAGUUGGCUGCUUUGCUCAAUGUGAGCUGUGAAACAAGCUGUACUUCUGAUACUACGUGCAACUACUGCAGUGUACUCACUACAUUGGAAGGAUACCACAAUGUUUUACCAUUUUGGUGUCAAUUUUGAGUCAAUGACAGCUUUACACUGAGCUUCCCCAUAUUUAUUUUCUUUAUUCAAACGUCUCAGCUAUUGAUUGUCUGAAUGAUGCAAAUUCUCUAUGAAGCCAUCUAUGAAAUAGAAAUAAAAUGUAUGUGGAAAGCUUGCUCGUGUCUACCAGUCUAUAUGCUUUUUAUACGCUUGUAUUCCUUGACAUAAUAGUAUUCUGUGUGGAAAGUGUUCAGCACUAAGAACAGGCAUGUCAACCUGUGUGGAAAGUGUUCAGCACUAAGAACAGGCAUGUUAACCUAUGUGGAAAGUGUUCAGCACCAAGGACAGGCAUGUCAACCUGCGUGG